UGUUCAUAGAAACAAAAUUUGACCUGUCCUAUCCAUACUUCUCGUUUCAGUCAACCUCCCAUCUCUAUAUCGUGUUCCAAUGGCUGCAAGAGCGAUACUCCGUACUCAAAGACCAGCAGCUAUUACAGCUGGUCUUCUAGGAGCGACAGGCGUCGGACUUUGGGUUGCGAGAUCAUACUAUACCAAUAAUGCAUUUGCGGAAUCGCCUGAACCUCCAACAGUAUUUUCGAGCUGGUUUGGUCAGUCGUUACGCUUGGGGGGUUCAGAAGUCGUCAAUCAUAACACGAAGCGAUUGAGAUUUGAAUUCCCGAAUGAAAAUGCGAAGAGUGGUUUGUUGCUGACUUCUUCUGUUCUCGUAAUCACCUGGCCCGAAGGGAAAAUAUUCCCAACAAUCAGACCAUAUACUCCCGUGAGUCCAUUAGAUCAACGCGGAGCCCUCGAACUUCUCGUCAAGAAAUACCCGGAGGGAAAAGGCAGUGGAUAUUUGCACUCCCUCAAUCCAGGCGACAGUCUCUACUUCGCAGGGGUCCUUAAAGGCUACAAAUGGACGGCCAACAAAUUCCCUCACGUUACUCUCAUUGCCGGCGGUGCCGGCAUAACGCCCAUGUACCAACUCAUCCAAGGCAUCUUGAACAACCCAGCCGACCAAACAAAAAUCACGCUCGUAUUUGGCGUCAACAGUGAUGCGGAUGUGCUUUUCCGUAAAGAGUUUGAAGACCUAGAGAAGAGGUUUGGAGAGAGGUUUAAAGCUGUGUAUACGGUUAGUAAGCCUGGGGAUGGGAGUCCGUUCCGUAAGGGCUAUGUGACAAGGGAGUUGUUGGAGCAGGUUACGGGAAGGGCGGAGGAAAGCAGUAGGGUUUUUGUAUGUGGUCCGCCGGCCAUGGAGAAAGCUUUACUGGGAGGGAGCUCCUUUACUAAAGGCAAGGGAGGUGUACUGGAGGAGUUGGGGUACCAAAAGGACCAGGUGCAUCAGUUUUAAUGGUUGGAAUGGAUAUGGGAUAUUGGAAGGGGUUUUGGGAAUUGGUGUUUGGAGCUUGGGCAAUGGAUGUGAUGAGCAUAGAUGGGAAUUUUCGGAAUGUAGAAACUUCUCUUGAACCUACGUGUACAUAUAAGUAAAUACAGCAGCCGAUUGAUAGGCAGAAACUUUACGAUAACUUUACACAGGUGGGGUAACUUUGCUGGUGUGAUAGACGUCAGCCAUGUGGAAUUACUGGAGAAUAGACGACAAAUAAGAUAGUACAAGCAACAGUCGAAAAGCACCAUAUCGUCACGGCAGCUCGCUGUUGGUGGCGAGAGUCCCCCGCGCGGGCCAAGCUCAAAGGAGCAGGUCCCCCCAUUGUAGGCACCCCUGUCAGGCUUUAGCCCUGAACUGUACCCUGGAUCAGCAUCACCUCGCAUCAACAC